CCGGAAGUGUCGUAGGGCAACCACGUAGUACUCUCUGCGCAUGUGCAAAGCGCUAUCGGGGCCGCCUUAGCUGCCGUCGCCGCUGCCGGGGCUCUAUGGUCUCUCCCUAGAGCUUUGCCGUUGGAGGCAGCUGCUGCGGUGUUGCGAGUUUGAUCAGCGUCGAGCGGCAGCAGCAUGGAGGAAUUCGAUUCCGAAGACUUCUCCACGUCGGAGGAGGACGAGGACUACGUGCCGUCGGGUGGAGAGUAUAGUGAAGAUGAUGUAAAUGAAUUAGUGAAGGAAGAUGAAGUGGAUGGUGAAGAGCAGACACAGAAAACCCAAGGGAAAAAAAGAAAGGCCCAGAGCAUUCCAGCCAGGAAGAGAAGACAAGGUGGCCUCUCAUUAGAAGAAGAGGAAGAGGAGGAUGCCAAUUCAGAAUCUGAGGGAAGCAGUAGUGAGGAGGAAGAUGAAGCUGCAGAGCAGGAAAAAGGCAUUGGAUCAGAGGAUGCCAGGAAAAAGAAGGAGGACGAACUCUGGGCCAGCUUCCUCAAUGAUGUGGGACCAAAAUCAAAAGUGCCCCCAAGUACACAAGUUAAGAAAGGAGAGGAGACUGAAGAGACAAGUUCAAGUAAAUUGUUGGUAAAAGCAGAAGAGCUAGAGAAACCUAAAGAAACAGAAAAAGUUAAAAUCACCAAGGUGUUUGAUUUUGCUGGUGAAGAAGUAAGGGUAACUAAGGAAGUGGAUGCUACAUCUAAAGAGGCCAAAUCCUUUUUCAAGCAGAAUGAGAAAGAAAAACCACAGGCUAAUGUCCCUUCAGCUCUGCCGUCACUCCCUGCCGGGUCAGGGUUAAAAAGAUCAAGUGGCAUGAGCAGCCUUUUGGGGAAAAUUGGUGCCAAGAAGCAGAAAAUGAGCACCCUUGAGAAGUCCAAACUGGACUGGGAGAACUUCAAGGAGGAAGAGGGAAUUGGUGAAGAACUGGCUAUCCAUAAUCGAGGGAAAGAGGGGUACAUUGAACGGAAAGCCUUCCUCGACCGAGUGGAUCACAGGCAGUUUGAAAUUGAGCGAGAUCUCAGGCUGAGCAAAAUGAAACCUUGAUGUUACGGGCAAAAUCAAGAGCAGCUUAAUCCUGUUUACAAUGUGAGCUUUUUGUGCGUCUGUGAAAUGUUUUACAGUGUUUCUUAUCAUCUGUUUCCCAGCAAGGUCUUUUUUUUUCUACAUUGAAGUUCUGUCUAUGUAUCUUAAUCACAAAUGGUUUCAUUCACUUUACUUUUAAAAAUUUGUCCUUAAAUGAGUAAAUAAAAUAAAAGUUGGUCCUGUGAGAGGAUGAUGAAGAUGA